AUGGCUCCUCCAGUCUGGACCCUGCUGGGGGCUGCCUGGGGCCAGGGCCACGUGCCUGCCCCUGCCCGUGGCCCUUUCUUCCCAGUUCUCACCCAGUGGGAUUUUGAGGAUGACUCCAGACCCCUCUGUGAUUGGAGCCAAGUGUCCAAAGAUGACGGGGCCUGGACUCGGGCCAGUGAGCCCUCCCCCACCAGCAGCACCGCGCCCCCCGGCGGGUACCCCAAUGGAGAGGGCUACUACCUGCACACGGACUCCAACACCUUCCGCCCGGGCGGGCUGGCCCGCCUGCGCAGCGCCCCCGUACGGGAGCAAGGCCCCCUCUGCGUGCGCUUCGCCUACUACCUGUUCGGGCUGUCGUGGGGCGCCCAGCUCAAGCUGCUGCUGACCACGGGCCCCAAGGGCAAGCGCCCCAACAUGCUCUGGAAACGCAGGAACACCCAGAGCCCCUCCUGGGUACCCACCGCCGUCACCGUGCCCAUAGGGCGCGUCCUGCCCAGUCGGGCGAGGCCGGAGGCACAUCAGGGCAGCACGGCUUAUCUGGACAUCGCUCUGGAUGCCAUCUCUAUCCGUCGGGGCUCCUGCAAUCGGGUCUGCAUGACGCAAACUAGUUUUGACACUCCAAAUGAUCUCUGUGGCUGGAGCUGGAUCCCGACGGCCUCUGGGGCCAAGUGGGUCCAGAAGAAGGGGUCAACAGGGGUGCUGAACGUGGGGCCUGAGGAUGACUUCUCUAGCCCUGGGAGUGGCUUCUACAUGCUCCUGGACCCCAAGAAUGCAAAACCAAGGCAGAGAUCUGCCCUCCUGAGCCCUCUGAUCCAGCCCUUCCGCUGCCUGAGCCUGUCCUUUCACUACACCCUACAUGGCCAGUCUCCUGGUGCAGCCCUCAUGGUCUAUGCUUCUGUCUUGGGCAGCAUCCGGAAACACACACUCUUUUCAGGACAACCCGGACCCAACGGGCAGCCUGUUUCUGUGAAUUACACAGGCCAGGGACAGAUUCAGUUCACCGCGGUGGGCGUGUUUGAAAAGAUCCCAGAGCCAGUGGUGGCGGUGGAUGCAACCAGCAUUGCUCCCUGCAGGGAGAGCUUUCCUCAGUGUGACUUUGAAGAUGAGGCCCAUCCCUUCUGUGACUGGGUCCAGGCAUUACAAGAUGGCGGACACUGGACCCAGGGAAGUAAAAAUACGCUCAUCCAGGGCACAGGCCCCUUGGGAGUCUCCCUUAAUGGAGAGGGUCACUUUGUCUACCUUGAGGCUGCCAAGUUCUCCCAGGCAGGCCGGUCUUUCAGACUGGCGAGCCGGACCUUCUGUGCCCCGGGUGCGAUCUGUGUGCAGUUUACCUACCACAUGUAUGGCCUCGGAAACGGCACGAAGCUCCGGCUUCUGCUGGGGAGCCCUGCGGACGGUUCCCCAACUUCUCUCUGGGAACGAGUUGGGUCUCAAAGCGCUGACUGGCUGAACGACUCCAUCACCGUCCCUUCGGGACGUCAACAGCCCAUGCGGCCGAUGUUUGAGGCCGAGAGGGGCGCCAGCACUGCCUUCGUUGCUGCUCUGGGUUUCGUCUUGAUCAGUCACGGGACCUGUCAAGGACCUGCAUCAGUAGCGCCUCCUUCCAAACCUCCCGUUACCCGCACCGGCCCUCCUGAAACCCCUGUCUGCACGGUCCCCACUGAAAGGCCCACAGUUCCCACGACACCCCAGCCCAGCCCAACUCUUGUACCCACCUGGCCAACAGUUUUUGUGAUGCCAAGUACCUCCAUGACCACUGUGACCCCGGCCACCACUGCAACCCCGAGACCUGCCCCAGGGAGCUGCCCGCCGAACGCCCACUAUGAGCUCUGCGCCUGUCCAGAGUCCUGCCAGAGCCCCACGCCCAACUGUGGGCUCCUUUGCAGGCCCGGCUGUGUCUGCGAUCCUGGCCUUCUGUUCGGCGACUCCCGCUGCAUCAAUGCCUCUUCCUGCAAUUGUUUCUACUUCGACAGUUACCAUAAGCCAGGGACAGGGGGGUUCAGCCCCAACUGCACAGAACGUUCCUGCCAGCCUGGCAGUCGGACGGAGCGCCAGCCCUAUACGUGCGGGACACAUACAGUGUGCCAGCUGAAGAAUGGCCAGUACGGAUGCCACCCCUAUGGCGCUGCCACCUGCUUCAUCUACGGAGACCCUCAUUACUUCACCUUCGACGGGAGGCACUUUAACUUCAUGGGCAAGUGCACCUACAUCCUGGCCCAACCCUGUGGCAACUCGACAGAGCCAUUCUUCAGGCUGACGGUGAAGAAUGAGGAGCGAGGACAGGAGGGCGUGUCCUGCCUCAGCAAGGUCCACGCGACUCUGCCCGAAACCACCCUCGCCCUGCUCAAGGGCAGACCCAUGCUGCUGAGUCUGUUCUCCACUCAGCCCUGCAGGGCUGCCGGCCUCGGCUGUGGCCUUGUCCCGCCCACCUCCUCCGGCCUCCCAACCCUCCAGAGCAUUCCACGUGGAGCAGAAGAGGUUGGGGGUCAGCGAGUCACCCUCCCAGCCAUACCUUCUAAAGGCAGCUUCCUGACUCCAGGUGGGCGAUUUGUGCAGCUGCAGACGGCAUUCGGUCUGCGGGUGAGAUGGAAUGGUGACCAGCAGCUGUCUGUGAGCGUGCCCGGCACCUACUCCAGCACACUCUGCGGUUUCUGUGGCAACUAUGAUGGCGGCAGUGGCAACGACAACCGGAAGCCUGAUGGCAGACCAGCGCGAGAUGAGACGGAGCUGGGUAGCAGCUGGCAGGCCUCGGAGGAUGAGGACCAGGAGUGCCAGGAGAACCAGGCAUCUCCCCCAUCUUGCGACACUGCCUUGCAGAACACUGUGUCGGGGCCAGAGUUCUGUGGACGGCUCACGGUCGCUCACGGAGCUUUUGAGUCCUGCCUGCCUCACCUCAGGGCCUCUUCCUCCUUUGACAGCUGCAUGUUUGACAUGUGUAAUUUCCAGGGGCUGCAGCAGAUGCUGUGUGCCCACAUGUCGGCCUCGACUGAGACCUGCCAGGAUGCCGGCUGCGUGGUGAAGCCCUGGAGAGGACCCCAGUUCUGCCGACAGGGAAAUCUGCAGAGUCAGAACCACGCGCUGAGAAAAUCACACGGUCACCCGCAAACUCGGAAAGCCUUCCCAGGGUUUGCUCCCAGCUGUGGAUUUUCCGGGCAACAUUUUCAGCCUGGAUCCAGCUUGGUUUUGUUACCUCUGAUUUGGGCCCUGACUACACUUUGACCUCUCUUUGCUCUAUUAAAGUCUUAAUUAAAGCUCUUUGGGGAGAAAAAAAAAAAACAAAAAAAGAAAGAAAGCUUUCCCAGCUACGUGAAGGUACGGGUAAUGCAGAG